AUUUGUUUCAGUUCUUACUCUAAUUUAAACGAAGUGGGUUUAGAUAGUGGUCGAUAUAUAUCGCAAAAAAUGGAUUCGUGGAUAAUCAAAAUAUUACCCAUAUUAUUAUUUACAUUUGAGAUUGUUAAGUCUGAAAUUUAUUUAGAAGAUAAUUUUAAAGAUGAUACUUGGGAGAAUUUAUGGAUAUAUAGUAAACAUCCUGGCAAGGAGUUUGGUAAAUUUGUAAGGAGUUCUGGCAGAUUUUAUAGUGAUGAAAAUGUUGAUAAGGGUUUGCAAACAUCUCAGGAUGCUCGGUUCUAUGCAGUAUCGAGAAAAUUUGAACCAUUCAGUAACGAAAAUAAAAAUUUAGUUAUUCAAUUUUCUGUGAAGCAUGAGCAAAAUAUUGACUGCGGGGGUGGUUAUGUAAAAAUUUUCGACUGUUCUUUGGAUCAAACUGAUAUGCAUGGAGAAUCCCCAUAUGAAAUAAUGUUUGGACCAGAUAUUUGCGGUCCAGGAACGAAAAAAGUUCACGUUAUCUUUAGCUACAAAGGCAAAAAUCACCUAAUUAAUAAAGACAUACGAUGCAAAGAUGAUGUUUAUACUCAUUUCUACACACUCAUUGUAAAACCAGACAACACAUAUGAAGUGUUGAUUGAUAACGAAAAAAUUGAGUCCGGGAACCUUGAAAAUGACUGGGAAUUUCUUCCUCCAAAAAAGAUUAAGGAUCCGAAUGCGAAAAAACCAGAAGAUUGGGAUGACAGGCCAACAAUUCCGGAUCCAGAUGAUACCAAACCUUCAGAUUGGGACAAACCAGAAUAUAUCCCUGACCCAGAUGCUUCUAAGCCUGAGGAUUGGGAUGACGAAAUGGAUGGCGAAUGGGAACCUCCUAUGGUAGAUAAUCCGGAUUACAAAGGCGAAUGGCAGCCUAGGCAGUUGGACAAUCCAGAUUAUAAAGGCGCGUGGGAGCAUCCAGAAAUUGAGAAUCCAGAAUAUGUACCAGAUGGCAAUCUGUAUUUACGGAAAGAACUCUGUAUAAUUGGAUUUGACUUAUGGCAAGUGAAGUCGGGAACGGUUUUUGAUAACGUACUUAUAACUGAUGACAUCGAAGAAGCUUUUAAGAAGGCAUCUGCAAUUAAAGAUAUACAGUCUGGGGAAAAAAAAAUGAAAGAAGCCUUAGAUGAAGAGCAACGAAAAAAAGAUGAAGAAGAAGCUAAGAAGAAUGCGGACAAAGACGAAGAUGAUGAAAAAGAUGAAGAUGAAGCAGACGAGGCGCAGUCAAAUGAUCAUGAUGAACUCUAAAUAAUAAAAUGAUUAUUUGCGAUUUUUACAAAUAUAUAAAAAGACUUGAUAAUUAUUAUUUUGUUAUAAUUAUUAUUUUGUGGAUAAAAGUCACUGCUUCUUAAGAGUAUGAACUCUCGUUAUUUAUCCUCAAACAUUAGAAAAAUCAAAUAAAUAUCAAAAAACUUGAAGUAGUAAUACUUA